UUUAAUAGAGAGCCAAUACUGGGAAGGAUUAUCAUGAAGAAAUAUUUCGUCGAUGUACAGAAGUAAUGACUGCCAUUAGAACAGUUCCAUUUCCUGUUAUUGCUCAGAUACAAGGUUUAGCUACUGCUGCUGGAUGUCAGUUGGCUGCAACAUGUGAUAUUGUUAUUGCAUCAGAGAAUUCAAAAUUUUCUACACCAGGAGCUUCUGUUGGCCUUUUCUGUUCAACACCAGGUAUUGCAGUGGCUCGUGCAGUACCGAGAAAAAUGUCAUCUUACAUGUUGUUUACUGGUCUUGCAAUAAAUGCCACUGAUGCUUUGAAAUGUGGGUUAGUAAGCAAAGUUGUACCUGAUGAUAAAUUAGAUGAGGAGACCAAAGAAGUAAUUUCGGCUAUUUUAAGCAAAAGUCGAUCUGUUAUAGCACUAGGAAAAAAGUUUUAUUACGAGCAGUUGGAGAAAGAUAUACAAUCUGCAUAUAGGGAAGGAGAAAAAGUAAUGGUUGAAAAUCUAGAAUUAAAAGAUGCUCAAGAAGGCCUCUCAGCUUUUAUAGAAAAAAGGAAACCGGUUUGGAUUAAUUCGUCAGAAAAAUUCAAAUAACCAUUUUUGUCUUAAAAUUCUAAACUUUAUAUAAGCGACUUUAUUAAAAGUCAAAUAUUGAAUAUAUACUCUGUAUAUCUGAGUUUAUAAAAGUUGUAACAAAUUAAAUAAAAAAUUGCAUGUAAAUUGUGUGCAUGUGUCAAUAGCAUUUAAAAG